AUGGAUUCUUCGCUUCACGUCAUCGAGGUGUCACGAGUCACACCUUCAACCACUGACUCGUCCGAGUCAUUCACUCUCCCGCUCACUUUUUUCGACCUUGUGUGGUACAAAAGCCCCCCGGUUCAACUAGUCAUCUUCUACCAACUCACCGACGCAACCCGCUCUUUCUUCGACUCAGUCAUCUUCCCCACACUCAAAUCCUCUCUCUCGUCAACCCUCUCUCACUACCUCCCACUCGCCGGUUUGGGGUAUACGGGUUGGAUUUCGGGUGGGAAAGACCGGAGAGAGUGGUGGUUGUGUCGAUCGAUCAAGGAGAAGUGUUUUCAAUGA